CAGAGUCCUUCCUCCAUAACAAGUAAAUAACGUCAGUCACAGAGUGCAUGUGUGUGUGUGCGAGGAGACACAAUCUGCUCCCCCCCCGGCACAGGAGCCGCUGGGCUGAUCCUUAUGAACAGAUCAUCAUCCAUCUGAACGUGGUGGUGGUGGUUGUGGGUAGGGGGAGACAGAGAUCCAAACUCCGGCGGAGGUGGCCAGGAUUCCCCGAACAGAUUGACAGUUGUAUACUCAAGCCAUGAAACGGGCACGGCUUCCAAGCACCAGUGAAGAUUCCGAUGACAAUGGCAGUCUCUCUACAUCAUGGUCCCAGAACUCAAAGUCUCGAAACAGGAGAAGUUCAAGACAUGAAGAUCAGAAAGCUUCUGAGGUGUUUCGCACAGAUCUGAUCACUGCCAUGAAGUUGCAUGAUUCACACCAGUUGAACCCGGAAGACUAUUAUAUCUUGGCUGACCAAUGGCGCCAAGACUGGGAGAAAGGUGUGCAAGUGCCAGUGAAUCCUGAGUCUGUCCCUGAACCUGUUGCCAGGUUAAUUGCUGAGAAGGAUAAAGUGGUCACAUAUUCUAAACCUCGCAAGUACAUUCAUUCCUCUGGCUCAGAGCCACCAGAACUGGGAUAUGUUGACAUUCGGACUCUGGCUGAAGGUGUUUGCCGCUACGAUCUCAGUGAAACAGACGUUGCUUGGUUAGAGUUAAUUAACGAGGAAUUCAAAGAAAUGGGAUUAGUUCCGCUAGAGGAGUACAUCAUGGAGAGAAUUAUGGAAGAGCUUGAACAAAGAUGUUACGACAACAUGAACCAUGCCAUUGAAACAGAGGAAGGCCUGGGCAUUGAGUAUGAUGAAGACGUGGUAUGUGACGUUUGCCAGUCACCAGAUGGAGAGGAUGGAAAUGAAAUGGUUUUCUGCGACAAAUGUAACAUCUGUGUGCACCAGGCAUGUUAUGGCAUUCUGAAAGUGCCAGAAGGAAGCUGGCUGUGUCGUACUUGUGCUUUGGGUGUCGAGCCAAAAUGUUUACUGUGUCCUAAGAAAGGUGGAGCCAUGAAGCCAACUCGUAGCGGUACGAAAUGGGUCCAUGUCAGCUGCGCACUUUGGAUUCCUGAGGUGAGCAUUGGAAGUCCAGAAAAAAUGGAACCUAUCACUAAGCUUUCACACAUCCCUAGCAGCCGCUGGGCGCUGAUCUGCAGUCUGUGUAAUGACAAGACUGGAGCUUCCAUACAGUGUUCCAUUAAGAACUGUCGAACAGCCUUUCAUGUGACAUGUGCAUUUGAUCGAGGAUUAGAAAUGAAGACCAUCCUGACAGAAGAAGACGAGGUGAAGUUCAAGUCCUAUUGUCCAAAGCAUAGUUCUGACAAAAAAGAGGAUGAUGAUCACCUCAGCGAAAGCACGAGUGAGGUCAAUGGAGAAGGGGAAGCCUCCCCUCAGUCUGGCCUUGAUCACUUUCAAGUCAUGGAUGCAUCCCAGCAGGAGACCAAGCAAGAGAGUCAGAGGAAAUUAAAACUACAGCAACUUGAAGAUGACUUCUAUACAUUUGUCAAUGUACAGGAAGUGAGCCAGGCAAUGGAAAUCCCUCUUGACGUGAUGGAUUAUGUUUACCAGUACUGGAAGCUUAAGCGGAAAGCCAACUUCAACAAGCCACUCAUAACUCCUAAGAAGGACGAGGAGGAGAACUUGGCAAAAAGAGAGCAAGAUGUGCUGAUUCGUAGGCUGCAGCUCUUUACUCAUCUGCGCCAAGAUCUGGAAAGGGUGCGCAAUCUAACAUACAUGGUGACACGCCGAGAGAAGAUGAAGCGAUCUGUUUGCAAAGUACAGGAGCAAAUAUUUAAUCUUUAUACAAAGCUUGUGGAUCAAGAUAAAAGUGCUGGUCUUCCUACGGAGAAGAUGUUGCUCUUUAAUUCUCACCCACUGGAUCCAGACGCACCAAAGAUUGAAGACUUAAAGUGGCACUCCGCAUUCUUCAGAAAGCAGCUAAGCUCUUCAUUGGGUUGCUCCAUGAAUGUGUCGCACAAGAAGAGCAGGGAUAGAGAAAGCUCAAGGAAAGACGAGAAGUCCCAGCAUGCUCAAUCUAACAAGAAAAAGGAAGCUCAUUCUUCAGAUUGCACUUAUUCUUUUGAAAAGGCUGUCGCCACAAUUUCACCUGUGCAACAUAAAAACGGAGCAAACAUGCCAGAACAUAGGAAGAGGCGCGGUAGUCGUCCGCAGUGUGAUGUCAUUAAACCAGAACUGAAAGAGAAGCCUCUCAAGCAACAGCAAAAACCACUGAGGCUUGCAGAGCUGUCUGACAAGCAGGCUGAAAAUAAGCGUACAACCAUUCGCACGUCGGUCAGUAAGCGGUCUUCUGGAAACCGCUUAUCCAAGUACAGCAGCUCACUAAUCAAAAUGCACUGUAAUCAGACUUCAGCCAAAGUGCCUACAAGCCCUGUUAAAAACUGGGGGGGAUUUCGGAUUCCAAAGAAGGGUGAAAGACAACCGCAGAAAGGAGUGGUCAAAGCCUGUCUGCCAAGUGCAAACUGCCAGUAUUUGGGAAGUCUAUCCCCAAAAGAUAGGACAAACAACAAUAUAAAAAUGAACAAUGAGAAUGAUGGGUACGUCCCAGAUGCAGAGAUGAGCGACUCUGAAACCGAAUCAACAGAGAAGUGCCGACUGCAAAGGCUUCCAUCAAACGGCAACAUCGGUAGAGGAUAUGAGACAGACAUUAUUAGGAGAAGCAUCCUAGCAUCUUGACUGAACACUGUAGUGUUGGUUCCACCGCACUGUAGACAGACAAGUGUCUGCUUAUUCACUCCUGCAUUAAGUCGGUGGACACAGGAGAAUGGGAAAGAGUGUUAGCACAUUUAUAAACUGACAGGUCAAUAAUCCGCUCUUCCCUUAUUUGUUCCAAGUUGUUUACUUGCACUUGAAUAUCACAAUUUUUCUUCUGAGACCCAUAAUUUGCUUCACACAGAGCACAUAGAUUUUGUGUAUUUUUUUUUUCCUUUUGGACAUCAAUAAUGUCAAUUUUGAAGGUUUAAAGGGGUGUAGACUGCACUGGAAGUGCUUUUAAUUUGCCCCUUUGAAAGCACAAUCUAUUUGUUUUGGAGUGAUACACAAAAAUGUUUUUCUUUUUGUUUGUUAUUGGUACACCAUCUUGCACUUUUGGCCCAUUACAUUUCCUUGCACUGCAAUUUCCUGACCUUCAGGCAUGGUCUUAAAUAAAGUUGAAUGCCUGUUAAAGCUCUUUGCUAGAACAGUGGCCAAACAUUUUGAGUAUCCAGUAUGCUCGACCAAGAAAUAUAUGAAAUAUAUGUUGCUUUAUGAAGAAGCAAUUUGUAGCUGUUCCUUAGUAAUUCAGUGAUAAUUUCUCUGCUUAAAACUUCCUUUCUUGUUUUGGGUGAUUCAAAUAAAAAGGAGUUUCCUUCCUUGAAAACCAAAGCUUUGCACUGUCCAAGAUGCAAUAGUUCCAUAAACAUUUCACCCCCUUACAUGUUGUUUGAAAGGUACUGUAUGUCAGAUGGAAUGUUGAAACUGCACCUUGCAUAGAGGUUAUAUGUGAUAUUUUCUUUGUGACAGAAUGUCUCAUAAGUUGGUGAAGGCCAUAGUUGGUAGGUAGACAGCUACCAAAUAUGAAAUCCUGAAAUGUAUAAUCAGAUGCAUGGUACAUUUCAAGCAUGUAUGGCACACAAUAAAGUUCAAUAAAGCACUUGACAUAUCCCUUAUCCAAUUAUCAGACUGGUAUACCCACAUACCCCAUGAUAUUGUACAUAUCAUGGGGUAUAUGUACAUAGUUUACACUGACUGUUAAGGGUGAAGACCCCCAGCGUUCCCUACAAGGGGUCAUUAACUCUCUAAAAAUGUGCAUUCCACUUACACUAUUUUUUGACUUUGUUGGUUGUUUGAGUUAUAAA